CCCCACAGGUGUUUGUAACAUUGCUGCUAUGCACACAAGUGAGUUCGUGCAGCACUUUCGGCAAAGAGGCGUGUGAGCACUCCACGACAAAAACUACCCAUUUGUGUGUGUUGGUGCUCAUUAAAACAGCAGCCGUGCCCCGCCGCGCCCCCACCCCCAGCGGUGCCAUCAUGUGGCAAGAGGCCCGCAAACAUGAGCGCAAGCUUCGUGGCAUGAUGGUAGACUACAAGCGCAGAGGGGAGCGCAGACGAGAGUACUACGAGAAGAUAAAAAAAGAUCCAGCUCAGUUUCUUCAGGUUCAUGGUAGAUCCUAUAAGAUCCAUCUGGAUCCUGCUGUGGCCCUGGCUGCAGAGAGCCCUAUUAACAUGAUGCCUUGGCAAGGGGAUGCCAACAACAUGAUUGACAGGUUUGAUGUCAGAGCUCACCUGGAUUACAUCCCCACCUACACCCCUCCAUUGUUCAGCACCUCCACUCCAGAGCAGGAGAUGGAGGAGAGGAAAUGUAAUUAUGAGCGUUACAGAGGCUUAGUGCAAAAUGACUUUGCCAACAUCUCCGAGGAGCAGUGUUUGUACCAGAUCUACCUUGAUGAGCUCUAUGGCGGCCUGCAAAAACCAAAUGAGGAUGAAAAGAAAAAGUCGUCAGACAAGAAGGCCAGCAUUGGUUAUACUUAUGAAGACAGCACUGUAAUGGAGCCCGACCCUCAGUCAGACAAAGACGAUGACAACUCGGACAACAGUGAAUCUGAAGAGGAUGAAGGCAUUCCUGAUAUUGAUGUGGAGGUUGAUGUUGAUGAACUGAACCAAGAACAAGUAUUGGACCUGAACAAAAUAGCGACCUCAUUUGGAAUGGCUGAAGGAGACUUUGUUAGAAUGCUGAAAAAAGACAAGGAGGAAGUUGAAGCUAUAAAACAUGCCAAGGCCCUGGAAGCGGAGAAAGCCAUGUACUCUGGCCGCCGCUCUCGCAGACAAAGGAGAGAGUUCAGAGAGAAGAGAUUGAAAGGUAGACAAAUCAGUCCACCAAGCUAUGCCAGGAGAGACAGCCCGACCUAUGAUCCCUACAAACGGCCACAGUCAGAAUCUAGCUCUGAGUCACGAUCUCGGUCUCGGUCUUUGGGUCCAGAAAAGAUAACCUUCAUCACAAGCUUUGGAGGCAGUGAUGAUGAAGCUACAGCACCAACACAAACAACUGCUCCUCAUUCUGGCAGUGCUCCUUCCAACAUGCAGCACCCCGCAGGUCAUAGCAGGGGCUCCCGGAGGCGAAAGUCAUCAUCCAGUCGCUCUUCAUCCUCCCACUCUUCGUCAAGGUCCUCCUCUCGUUCAUCCCAUUCACGACGUACUCGGCGUGGCCAUGGGGGAAGGGAUGGACGCCGCACACGGUCAAAGUCAAGGCGGCGUUCCAGAUCUCACUCACGGGGAAGAGGGGGAAAUGGAAAGGCUGCAUCCUGGAGGAGACAUGACAGGACUCGAUCGCGGUCCUAUGAGCGAGACAGAGACAGAGAAAGGGACAGAAGACAUUAUUCAUCACGUAGAAGAACAAGCAGGUCCCGUUCUAGCUCAAGGUAUGGAGGCAGUUUGAGGCGAGGGGGUCGAAGCAGUGGAGGCCGCCGACGGGGAGACAGCGACAGCUGCAGUCCAUCUCAGUCACCAAAUCGCACCUACCACAGUCCAUCCCCUGCUCACAGAGGGGCCCAACCCUCUACCACCACUGCCCUCUGUGACAAGCUAAGAAAGCCUGAUACUGCGACUGGUAAAGAAACGGGAGCUGCCAAACCCAAGAUGACCCCACAGGAGCGACUGAAGCUCCGUAUGCAGAAGGCACUAAACAAACAGUCCAAGGCGGAUAAGAAGGCAGCCCAGGUGAAGAUACAGCAGCAGGAACACAAACGACAGGAGCGAGAGGGAGAACUACGAGCCAUGGCACGCAAAAUACGAAUGAAGGAGCGUGAACGACGUGAAAAAGAGAGGGAUGAAUGGGAACGACAGUACGGCCGACAGAGCCACUCGCCCUCCCCUUCCAAACAUGGCCGAGAUAGCAACUCAUCAUACAGAAGGAGGUCACGAUCCAGAUCACGGAGCCCGUACUAUCGAUACUGAGGUUGUUCAGUUCGAAUGUCUACACACCCAGGCGCUUGGUGGUCAUAUGUGGUAGAAUGAAAUAAAGUUGUUAAAUAAAAACGAAGAUUGUCCAUUGAUUGAGAAAUGUAUAAAUCUAUACCUGAGAAUUGUAUGUUGUACUGUAGUAUAUGUACACAGGGUGUAAACUUUGAUUGACAGCUCAGUUAAACAGGUUACACGACUAAUCACUUCCACCGAGCUGAAUUUGAGCUAUGCUUCUCGUUUGUGCUUCAUCUUGUAAAAAUACUGGAGUUUGUGAAGUUGUUUUCUGGCUUCCUCUGGUUCAUCUUUUUUUAUAUAUAUGCUGCUUGACAACACUUGUCAGUGUUGCCCCAUCUGGAGACCUUAAUUAGUAUUUAAGGUUGUAUGAUAUGAAGCAAUACCUUUGGCCUUGAAUCAUUCUUAUGCCAUGAAAUCAGCCCGACUUGACUUUCCCCAGCGAUACGCAGCAGUGAAAAUGCGCCCUCAUGAACUAACGCUCAUCUUUCUACACAUGAAAACGUUAUCAUAGAGUUAUCAUAUUUAUGAUAACUCUGAUUUUAUCCAACUUCACGUUUUCAUGUGUAGAAACUGCUUUUUAUAGACUUUUGGCCGGAGCCCAACUGUAAAUAUUUUUCCCUGAUAAUGUAGAAUUUUCAGUUUGGAAUUCGAAUAAAACUGACUUUGAAAUGA